GACUCCCUGCUGAUUUGUCUCGAGCGGCUGCAGUGACGUAAUCCAUAACCACAUUUUCGCCGUCGUCCCCCGCCCUAAUCGCCACCCUCGACCCGACUCCUCCACCCAUGGACGGUCUCCGCCACAGCCGCACUCCCAGCUCCGAGCGCUUUCUCGGCCUCUUUUCCACGCCGCCCUCCGACUCCUCCCCUUCCGCCGACGGCGUCGAGCUCCACGAGGCGGAGGUCCUGUGGACGUCCCACGUAGAUGCCCCCAAACCGAGCCCACGGGCCACUGCGACGCCGAUCCAGAUCAGUGGCACCUUCCAUUCGCCCUCCGACCGCACUGCCACUCUCCGCCGCCCCAUGGACCGCAACUUCGGCAUCCUCGCUGCGCUGCCCGAGGACGGAUCCUCAGACCUGGUUCCGGCCCCUCCUAUUCUCCUGCGUAAGACGUCCAUUUCAUCCACCUCAUCCUCCACUUCCGACUCGCCCUCCUCCUCCUCCUCCUCCUCCUCUACUGCCGCGCGGAUGAUCCCCACGAUCCCCAAGCCGAAGCCGGAGUACUCUCUCUCGAUGCCGGCGGCGAGGAUGCGCCAAACGCAGUCGCUUCCAGUCGACGUGCCGGUUCCUCCCCGGCAGGCGAGGAGGUUCGACCUGGAGGCCUCCGAUGAACCUGAUGCUGAGGAUGGGCACGAGAUGAUGCCGCCUCACGAGAUCGCAGCGAGGACUUACGGAAGGGCUUCUCCCACCACGACCUUCUCGGUGCUGGAAGGGGCCGGAAGGACCCUCAAAGGGAGGGAUCUCCGGCGUGUCCGUGAUGCUGUGCUCAGACAAACUGGGUUUCUCGAUUGAUUCUGUAAGUUGUGUUCUUCAUUGAUGAAAAUCUGGAUCUUUUCUCUGUCCAGUAUGAAUAUUUAUGGCAUAUGAUUCUGAAAUUGUAUGAAAUCAAACUGCAGUUUCUUUUGAUGCGAAUAAUGGACAAAAGCAAUAUGCUUCAGUCAUCAA